AUGAAUGGGUCCAAAAACUUCUUGGACAUGCAGAACAGAGCAGAGGAUCCACCAUCGAUCGAUGAAGCAGAUGCACCAUCAAUCGACGGUCAGUCCGAAUUCAGACGAAGAGUACUUCAUCAGAACAGGAAAAGGAAACCUCGUUGGGAGAUGAGAAACAAGUAUGGUGUAAUAUCAACCGUGCCAGAACAAGACACUUACAGAAAAGCAAAGAAUUGUUCUGGAUUUGGAUGGGAUUCAACCACAAAAAGGUUUACAGCUUCAAAAGAAGUAUGGGCUGAAUAUCUAAAGGCACAUCCAAAGUUCAAAAAGUUUCGUGAUGAAACAUUUGAAGAAUUUGAUGAUCUCAAACUUAUAUUUGACAAGAAUAUAUCGACGGGUACGAAUGCUAUUGGUUUAGGUGAAACUACUGAUGCACAAACAGUUAGAGUUGCAGAAACAGAAAAGGAGCAAGCAAAUUGUGGUGAAGAGUUUUCUUUUGAUGUCCAACAAAACUAUGAAUCGCAAUCAUCUUUUUUUUGCAGUCCUUCAGACGAUACUUUGGAAAAGCUUCCUUUAAGAAAGAGACAAAAAACUAGUCCUCUUAACAAAGGUGAUGAUCUGUUCACUCAAAAAGAAAGUGUAGAAGAAGCUGACGAGCUGAAUACUUUGACAACCAUCACUCAGAAACUCUUCAAUUUGAUAGAAGAAAGAGAGACAAGACAAAAACAAGAAGCUGAGCAAAGAGAAGCAGAGAAAAAGAAAAAUAAUCUAUGGGAAGCAGUCAAAGAAGUUUCUGAUUUGGAAGAACAUGUACGUUUUGAUGCCGUUAAGCUGAUCAAUCAAUUAGGAAUGAAAGAUGUAUUCAUUAGCAUGUCUGUUGAUGAACGUUACGGAUGGAUUAAGCAUAACGUGAUAGGAUUUUGA